ACUACUUUUUUAUUUUGUCUGUUUUUUAUUUUUCGUGGAAUAACAUGGAAAAGAGAAUCCUUCCUAUGUUGUUGCUACCGCUUCUUUUGGCAGCCGUGUUUGUAGCUUGCAAAGCCCAAAAAAUCGAAGGUUGCUAUUCUUCUUCUUCAUGUGGUAACAUCUCCAACAUCAGCUUCCCCUUCCGCUUGAAAGACGAUCCUCUCAACUGCGGUUACCUUGAAUACCAACUUUCUUGCGAAAGCAAUCGAACUGUAUUGUAUCUCCAUACUAAGAAAUUCUGGGUCGAGUCGAUUGAGUAUAAGAAUCAGAGCAUCCUACUGGUUGAUUCCAGUCUACAAAGCGACUGCUCCUCUAUCCCUCGCGACUCCGCCACAAUACGAGACAUUGACCCCUUCCCCACAUACACAUAUGAUUCCACUUGGCCGGGCCCUCCAGAGAAUACCGUAUUCGUAAAUUGUUCCUCUCAGAUGGGCAAUGAUGAUCCCGAUUCAUACAUAGCUACAACGAGUUGCUUCAAUACCACAUCUGGUGCAUAUAUCUAUGUACUUGGGCGUUCGAUGAAGGUGUCUGAGCUCCAUCCAUCUUGCAAAAUCAUAGGCAAUGCCUUUGGAAUGCCAAAAGAGGAGAGAAUCGGAGAGUCUAAUUAUAGAGAAAUUUAUGAUAGAUUGAUGAAGGGUUUUCAAUUAAUUUGGGGUGAUUCUCUCGCAUAUCGCCACUACUGUACGAAUGGACGCCACGUAUCCUGUUCGCGGACGAAGGAACUAGGCGGUGUUUCAUACGUUGCGUGCAUCUGUUACAGUGAUUGCGAUAAAUUCUACGAAUCUUGGGUUUGUAAGUUCUUAAUUCUUAACCCACCCGUCCCUAGCUAGGAGGGGCCACUGUGAUGUAUGGGUUUUAUCCACACCGUCCAUCCUUUUUUGUUUUUUUUACAUAUCAUUUUAAGGUAAAAGCCCAAAACUAUGGCAGAACCAUGCCUUUAGUAGACCACACCACAGGAAGCAGUGGCGAUAAUGACACCCACCAAUGAAACCUUCCUAUGGCCCAACGUGAUGGUUAAUUGCCAUUUAACCUGUUCAUUAGGUCACAUAGACCUGGAUGAAGGGAAAACAGAAAUAUCAGCUUCAUCCAAAACUUCUAUGGCCCCUAAAAAGAUUUCGACGGUAACUGUUUGAUCUUCACUGUGUGGUCCACUCUGCCUAUUUUUGGGCUUGUACCCUAAAACGUCGCGUGCCUGCUUAAUGUUGAAUCUAGUUGAUUUUUGUAUUUUCACUUCAUCCUUAUGAAUUGUACUUGAUGAAUGGGUUUGAUGAAGGAUACACACCAUAAUGGCCCAACAAACAAACCCGUGGAUGUCAUCCUAUCCCCAUUAUUCCUUGUAGUGUGGCCAAUAACCUCCAAUUUUGUUAUGUUGUUUCUAAAUUCAUCUACAGAUAAUGAUGGCCACAAUCCUCUGUUUAGGUUUAGAUUCUUACAGCAAAUCAUCUAGCAGUUCAUACCAUAAAAAGGCUCCAAUCAGACAUAUGUCUUACACAAUUGUUAGUCAAAACUAAGCCUAUAUCAAAUAUGUCUCAUUUUCUUUACAAGUUAACAAACCUAAAAAAACUCUUGCAAUUUCUCAACCGUUAUCAAUGCAUUUCCCACUUCCUCUACAACUACCAAAUCUCUUGAAAAUUCAUCCCUAUCUGGUUUAAAUCUAAACUUUUUUUAUCUUUUUUUAAACUCUCUCACAAGAAUCUUCCAAAUUUUAGUACCGACAUCAAUCUAAGUACCAAGAAGGGAAAAAUAAUAGAACACUGAACAUUCAAGAAAUGGAUGUCCUGAAUCUUAUCGAUUCAUCAUUUAAUUCAAUUUGAGUUUCUCAUCAUUUUGUAUUUGUUUUUGUUUAAAGUGUUCAUCAAAUCCUGCUUUAAAGCAUUCAUAGAAUUUUCAUAGCUUGUGGGUUCUCUGCAAAUUAAUAUAAUCAAAAUAUAUUUAUCGAUUUUGGAAUUUGCGUCUUGCAGAAAUUCAAAUGGGUGUAUUUUCUUCUUUAAUCCUAUUUUCCAUCCUUUGUUUCACCCUCAAAGAAGAGAGAUACUUGACCAAUGUUAUUUUCGAGACGGAGAUCCAUCCACUAUCUGCCCCAGGAAUUGUGUGGUUUAAACUCAAAACCGUGCUCUCCCCAUUCGUGGCCUGGGCAUCGCCCGGGUUUGCUAUAUAAACAAAUAAAAUGCUGACUUGUUCAUAGUGAUUGCACUGGUCAAUUUCUUUUUUACUGCAGUUAAUUUUGUUGUUUACUGCCUUUAACUUGAAGGGAUCUAUCAUUUUCACAUCCUGAUGUAAUUUCUUGUUGGACAAUGCAGGCUUUUUUAAUACCAUAAGGGAAAUUUGGAUCUCAUAUCAAUAUCUCAUAUAUUUCUG